AUGCGAACAGAUUUCAUAUGUUUGUUAUUCGCAAUUAUUCUUUACUCACUGCUAUGUCUAAAUGUUAACAGUCAAAUGGAAAAUGGCCAAGAAAGAACUAAUACGUCAAUAGAAGUAGGAGCAUCAAGUUCAGGAGGAAAAGAUUCUGAAUUCAGUAGAACGGAAACGAGAGAUAAUACAAAUAGACAUUCUCAGGAAAACAGCAAAGAUUCACAUUCAAGUUCAAGUGGCGAUGUCGGAUUCCAAUCUUCACAACGAAAAUUCCAACUGAAAUACGCAAAUCAAAGAAGAAGUGAUAUUUAUACUAGCGGUUACCAGACAUUCAUCGGAAAACGUAGACGAGGCAGUAAAUCACAUGUGAAAACCAUAUUCAGAAAACGUUCUGGCUACGAUCACAAUAGUCAAAAGAAACGAACUACCACAUUCGAAAGUUAUGGUGAGGCAGACAGUUUUGAUAGAAAGAAAAUACGUGAUGUGUUCGAUGUGAAUGGAUACAUUUCGGAGGGUCGGAAGCGUAGUAAACUCGGUGGGUACAUCCAAGAAGAACAACAUGCGUUUAUGUCAGGUGGACAUAAGUCGCAAGAUUCUCGAAAAGAUAGGAAAUCUAGUGAGGGUGGAAGUCGCUCUGUAA